AUGUCAAUCACUGCGCAGCAAUUGCUGCUGAUCCUCCCAAACGCCGGCCGCCAAGCCGGCGUUUUUGUUCCUGUGCUGAAUACCGCGAUGAACAAGUACGGCAUCGUCACGCCGAAGCGGAUCGCGGCUUUCAUUGCCCAAGUCGGGCAUGAGUCCGGCCAUUUGACGCGCCUAGUCGAGAGCCUGAACUACACGCAGGAGCGAAUCAUUGCCUUAGGUAAUGCCGCUCGCCCGGGUUCCCGCUGGCGGUCCCUGGUGCCGCGUGCCGCCGAGUUGGCGGGAAGUUCGGAGCGCAUGGGGAAUGCCGUCUAUGGCGGUCGUAUGGGCAACGGCCCUGAGACAACGGGUGAAGGUUAUGACUACCGAGGGCGCGGCCUGAUCCAGAUCACUGGCAAGGACAACCAUCGUGCGUGCGGUGAAGCUCUGGGUGUCGACUUGAUCAAUCACCCUGAUCUGCUGGCGCAGCCGCAAUACGCGGCGCUGUCGGCGGCCUGGUAUUGGUACGUAAACGGGCUGAACCCGCUGGCCGAUGCUGGCGACAUCCAGAAUAUCGGUAGCAUUAUUAACACGGGCAGCAAGGGCAAGAUGCCGAAUGGUGCAGCCGAUCGAAUGGCCCUGUAUCAAGUGGCAUUGAGGGUUCUGGCA